AUGGGCUGCAUGUGCAGGAGCCACUUUUCACUUGUCGUAGCACUGAACCUUGCGGCAGUGUCAUCUGGGAAACGAGCCGACAGCGUGACGGAAGGAGUCAAGCUUGUGCACUAUGACAGCAGCGGCAUGCACGCCAUGGACCCAUCCAUCAUCGAUGGUGUGAGGAAGACACUGCUCAUGAUACACGAGUCGCAGCUACCAACGGACAACCCUGGCAAAGCUGCUGCGAAACUCCGGGAAGCAGAGCACAUAGUCAUACCGAAAGAUGUGAUUCCACAGCAGACCAACGACAAGGACUGCGGUGUUUUUGUGUGCAUGUACACUAAAUACCUUGUGGAGUCGGAUUUCACCACCGUACGCAAGUGGGUGUCAUGUGACGGUGUGACGGCCAAGGACUUUAGGCGCCGCAUGCGCGCCGAUGUUUGCAGCCUCGCCACAGGGGAGCUGAUAGUGCAACUACUACUGGAGGAGAUUGAGGUGCCCCUUCAGCCCACUCCAAUAGUGGGGGACCAUGGUGUUCUGAUGUGGCCAAAGGCUGAUGACGUGCGCAUGGAGCUGGCACGGAUGGCGCGUGAGCGAACCAACAUGGAGUUGGGAGGGUUCGUGUUGGCCUCAGCGGUCACGAGCAUCGCCAAGGCACUGGGGUAUGACCUACCAGAGCUCCGGGCCGCGUGCGCGCAUGAGCUGAGCACCUGUGGGACGCCUCUUCUCCAACGGUCGUCCGCGGCGGAGAACUCGGCGGAACGUCAGGGCGCACAGGCGGCACUGGCCGAGAUGUUGCACGAGACACCGGAGACACUACGCCCUGUUCCCGCGAUAUGGGCCCGCCGACAGCAGGAUGACAUCGGCGCAACUCGGAAGGCGCGCAAUGACAACGAUGAGACGCACGGUCCGAACACCCCUGAUACCUCCCCGGACAAGGGUCCAGGCCGUGGGAUGAGAAAGCCACGAUCUGCAUCGGCUAAGGCAACGGAGUCUGCUGGCUCUGGAGAGAAAAAGAGGGGUGGCACGAGCGACUACACGGGAGUCUGGUUCGAAAAACGAGUCGGGAAGUGGUGCACGAAGUUGACGGCCGAUCCGAGUACGGGCCGUCAGAUUCGGCUGGGAGCAUACCAGAGGGAGGAGGACGCGGCGUACGCGUACGCCGCGGGAGCAUUCGUGAUACGGAGGAAAGACACCUUUCCCAAGGUCAUGGAGCUGACCGCGGGCGAGGUGGCGUCGCUGGAGGGUUGCAUUGAGGAUGAUGUGCGUCACCUCGUGCACAAACGGCAGUGGUAUAGGUGGAGGGAAUGGCGUAAGGCAAUGGAUGACAUAGGGAUCAAGCCUGGCACACCAUUUCAGCCAGAGAAGGGUGGCAAGUCUAGUGCAUUGGCGCGCCGCCUGUGCACUAGUGUGGAUGCACCAGGAGAGGCUGCUGAUGGGGACGGGGAGAGCGUAGAAGUGUCUCCUGGGGAAGGGUCGGACGGUGAAGCGACCGAAGCGCCGCCGGAGGAACCGGAGCCCGUGUCGUCUGACGACAACCCGAACGAAGCGCUUCCGCAUGUGAAUGCAGCCGCUGACGACGACGCGGAUGAGACUAACGAGGAGCGCUCCGACUCGGCCCCGGUUACCAGGGAGGAGUUUGACGCUAUGCGCAAAACGCAGACGGACACGGCUGCGACACUUGCGAGGCUCGAGACGGCGCUGCUGGCGUCGCUUGCCAAUCACACCGCAAUGAAACGCAAGAGGGACAAUGCGCGCGGGGUGUUUGGUAGUGCGCCGAAUGCAAGGAAGGCCCGUCGCGUCGCAACGCCAGAGGAGUCCGACCUGGACGAGGACGAGGUGGAGGAGGAGCACUGGCGGCACAAGCGCUCGUCCACGUCGCCUAUUCUACAGUGCGCGCUGAAAUUCCUGCCGACCAACAAAGGAUGGAAGGCACACGUGUUCGCUAUAUCCAAGUGGAGCGCGGACCGACGCGGCAUGCCUUUUGCGUCGGGUGCAUUCGCGGCCUGUGCCCGUGCGGCGUUCAAGCCGCGGAUGAUCAACGGGACUGUGACUCUGAAGCUGUACCACAUGGCCUGGCUCGAGCACGUGGUCACGGACGCCAUCCGCUUCUGGGAGGCACGCAAGGGAAGGCUGUCCAACUCUGCGGGUGUCAACGCGCAGAUCGUGGACGGCCUCCGCGAGUGUGCCCUGACGGACGUCAUGGCGGCUGUCGAUGAGUUCCAGCCCGCGUACGACGCAACAACUUCCUCAUGGGCUUGGGGUCGCCAUGGCCUGCGCCUUUCUUCGUGCGGCAUAGAGCGCCAGGCGACGGCAGCGCCAGCAGCCAGCGAGAGCGGGAGGGAGGGGGACCAUCUCUGUCUGAACUGA